GUGGCUUUUUUCAUUUCCAUUUUCGAUUCAAUUUCGAUUCAUGAACAAAUGACUCUUUUGAAUAGAAUCUUUUAUGGAAUCGUUUAAAGAGACUCAUGAGCGAAGGCAGUGGUUCUCAACUGCAGAAUGUGCAGUAUUGGGGGUCAUCCAGGAACGUGGUUGAGAACCACUGAUUGGUUUGAAUCAUCUUAACCAAUCUUUCACAAGUUAUUGUUACAUUCUGGAUUAACCUGGUUGUUUCUUCGAGUAGACAUGUUGGUGUUGUAGCCGAUAUAAAGACGUCACAACAGGCAUGAGGUUUCUGUAGUAUUACACCGACCUGAAUAGAUACAAAUGCAUUGAAACGCUGUUCAUCUAUCGUGCUUAUGUGGAGCCGGAGUUGUUUUUGAGGGCAGUAAACUGGGGCCUGAACUCAGUGCAUGUGGUUAGUUCUGCUGGGUAUGUAGGUGGGGUGAUUUUUUUAUUUUCUCACAUCCGCAGAAGAACUUAAUGAGAUUGCAAAACUGACUUAAGAGCCAGACUGAAAGUGCAACUUAAGUAAUCCAAUAACAACUCAGGAUGAUUUUCACUCUUCUGUUUACGCUUAUCUUCUUCGUCCUUUCAGGUGUGUUUGGUGCUGAUAAUCGUAAUGAAAUAAAAUCUAUAUCAGUGAUGAAGGGAGAUUCUGUCACUUUACACACCGAUGUUACUGAAGUACAGAGAGAUGAUCUGAUACUGUGGACGUUUGGAUCCCAAGACAAUCUGAUCGCUGAAAUCCACAAGCAGUUCAUGUAUUUAUUUGACAGUAAAGAGAGUUUCAGAAACAGCUUACAGAUGGAACAAAAGACUGGAUCUCUGACCGUUGCAAACAUGCGACCUGAACACUCAGGACUUUAUCAACUAACCGCCAUCAUCCGCGGGAGAACCUCGUACAAGACAUUCAACGUUACAGUCAGUGAUAAUUUGGAAAUCAGUGUCACUCGUCUGCCGGUUCCCGUCAUCAGCAGUAACCCUUCACAGUGUUCAUCAUCAUCAUCAUCAUUAUCACAGCAGAAUUGUUCAUUGGUGUGUUCAGUGUUGAAUGUUAGUCAUGUGACUCUCUCCUGGUACAAAGGAAACAGUUUAUUGUCCAGCAUCAGUGUGUCUGAUCUCAGCAUCAGUCUCUCUCUACCUCUAGAGGUGGAAUAUCAGGAUAAAAACAGCUACAGCUGUGUGCUCAACAAUCCCAUCAGCAACCAGACUCAACAUCUGGACAUCAGUCGACUCUGUUAUACAUGUGCAGACUCGGUGCACUGCUGUGGUUCUACUGAAGCUGCGAUCCGAUUGGUCGUCUCUGCUCUGGUGGGCGUGGCUACUGUCGCUGCAGUGGUUUAUGAUAUCAGAUCUGAAUGAGUUAGAAUGUCCUAAGCCCUUGAUCACUUGAAAUCUGCUAUGGAGUUUAUUUAAUAUUUACAUGUUUCCCUUACAAAUUACUUUGAUGGCAGGGGUGAAUUAAACUUUAUCUGUGGUAUGUGUUUGUGGUACGGAGCUGAAUGAAGUGUCGAGGGUCUCCCCCGAAGGGAAGCACUUGUGAGUGUGUAUAAAAGCGGAGUAGAACGCAGCCCGGGAGGUUUCUAAUCUAACCUCAGAUCAGAAGAUCAGUGAUUUCAAAUCACUGUCAAAUGCUAUGUGUGUGUCAUUGUGGCUGCUGAGUAAAAUCCCCUAAAUUAUGACCUAACGUAUUUUACUAAAGUGAUAGAUUAGCAGGUGAGACUGAACUGGUUGCUUUUCCUACAAACUGAACCCCUCAAAGGGCAAAUGUGUUGGAAUGAACUGUGUAAGUAAAACUUUUCUGCCCCCUUGUGGUCCAUAUCAAACAUCUAUUAGUCAU